UAACAUUCACUCUCUCACGCAGAAGUAGACAAUUUUUUGUUCGACGGUAUGCGUAAAAGAAAGCAAUCCUCCGCCGAAUCGCCCAAAACAACCGUGAACAGUAGCGGCGCCGCCGGAAAGAGUCCAUUUCCGGAUCAUUCUCGGCCAACCCAUGAAGAAUGCUUGUCCGUAAGAGAUGAACUCUUGUCCCUCCAUGGAUUCCCCCCAGAAUUCUUGAAAUAUCGCAACCAAAGAUUGGAAGCAAAAUCUCAACUCAAAAAGGCCAAGCCUUUGGAAGAUGAGGGAGAAAAGGAUGGAAUUGAGAGUGUUUUGGAUGGUUUAGUGAAAACCAUACUGUCCCAAAACACCACUGAGCUUAAUUCGGAUAGGGCUUUUGCUUCACUCAGGAAAGCUUUCCCCACUUGGCAACAUGUUCUUGAGGCAGAGUCUAAACAUGUCGAGGAUGCAAUAAGAUGUGGAGGUCUUGCUCCGACAAAGUCUUCAUGUAUAAAGAACUUGUUGAGUGUGUUGCUUGAGAAAAGAGGGAAAUUGUGCAUGGAGUAUUUGCGAGAGAUGUCCAUUGAGGAGGUCAAGGCAGAGCUUUCUCUUUUGAAGGGAAUUGGUCCCAAAACCGUGUCAUGUGUCCUGCUGUUUAAUUUACAACACGACGAUUUCCCAGUGGACACACAUAUUUUCCAAAUAGCUAAGGGAAUGGGUUGGGUGCCAGGUGUUGCCGAUGUCAAGACUACAUAUCUCCAUCUCAAUCAGCGGAUUCCACCCGAACUGAAAUUCGAUCUCAACUGUCUUCUGUAUACUCACGGUAAGGCGUGUCGGAGAUGCUCUUAUAGGAAAGUAGGCAAGAAAAAUAAGGAAGCCGAAAACAGCGACUGUCCUUUAUUAGCUUACUCUGAAGGAUGUAAAUUUGAAAAUGAAAGUUUAAAUUUGAUUUAGUCCAUGUUUUCUUUGUUCAUCAACUGCUAGUUAACCUGAAGUUAUUUUGUCAAGUAAUAGUCUUUAUUAACUAGUUGUCAACCUUGAUUGAAGGGUUAAUAUCCUGCUGUUUGUUUGUAUGUUGGAUAUCAGAAUUUCAUAGCAGAUGCUGAUAACAUGCCUCUCUCUCUCUCUCACACACACACACACACACAUUUUGGAUAAGGUAAAGUGAAAAAUUCUGUAUUCCUACUGGUAUCGUAGGAUACUGGAUACCUUGGCCUACUGUUUUGACACCGUAUGAACAGGCCUGAGAAAACCCCUGUAUGGCUUCUUCUGUUUCUCAAUAAAGAGAAAUAUGACCAACUGUUGUUCAAAUGCAUAGAAAAAGAUUUGUCUUUACCAAACAUAUGGGAGUUUCUCUCGAAGAAAGAAGGUGUUGAUCUAGUCGCCACUGAAGCUGCAAAUGGCUAUUCUCUUUACCAAACAUAUGCGGAUCCAAUCACGAUCCUAUAAUAAGAACAAGAGAUCUUUCUCGAUCAAUCCCCUUGCCCCUCAUUCUUCGAGAAUCAGAAAUUUUCAAGUUUGAAUUUGUUCAUUUGGAAUCUGGGUUCUGCUUUCUUUUUCCAUAUGUUUGAUCCUGUAGAAUUUGACCAUUGAAUUAGAAUUCGAAAACUGUAAUAAAAUAUUUAAUUAGGGAAGUGUCCUUGUUACAAAAAGUACUUAUAUGCUUAUCUUUUCUCAAUUAUUGAGAAUUAGUUAUCCAGUUUUACAACUAGCAUUACAUUUUUUAAUGAAGUUGUGGGAUUUCUGAAGUAACUGCUUUAUGACUUUUUCUUAUGCUCAUUGACUCAACCAGCACUUGUCUGAAGGUCCUACAAGCCAAAAUCAUGUCAAUUUUCAUACAUUUAUAAUGAUUAUGAUGUUACAUGUGCCAAAUAACCUUUGUGAUUUGAAUGAGAAAAUCCCAGAAAAAAAAAACAGUAAGAAAUGGCUGCCUAUGGAGCUCUAGUUUCUGUAAUGCAAAUUAUUGAUCAAAUUCACAGUCAUCCCCAUCCUCCUAUUCCCCUCCACCAAAGACAGGUUGAAUCUCUCACUGCAACAAUUCAUUCCCUGCAAGAUUUUCUUGAAGGCUAUUCUUCCCGUGGUGGCUACACUCAAGAAGAAGACUUAUGGGAGAGUCGCAUAGCAGAAGCAGCUUACGCUGCUGAAGAUGUGAUCGAGUCCUAUAUCGUGGAUCAAAUUCUUGCUCGAUCUACAAAACAUAGCUCCCAUGAAUUCUAUCAAGGUCUGCAAAGUGUGAUAGAAGAAAUGGAUUCGAUCAAGAUGGAGGUAACGGAGAUUAAAAAGAUGGGAGUUAAAGAUCAGCUCCACUUCAUAAAGUCUCCGGCUAAUGUUAGCUUGCCUAGAUCUACGCAGAAGGUCACCAUGGUUGGUUUUGAUGAUGUCUUUUAUCAAAUGCUGGAGAAGAUCACUAGAGGACGGCUUGAUCGCCAAAUUAUCCCGAUCGCUGGGAUGGGUGAGAUAGGCAAGACCACUCUUGCUCGAAAUAUCUAUGUAAGUCCGUUUAUCAAAGAACAUUUUGAUGUCUGUGGGUGGUCUACAAUUUCUCAAGAGUAUAAUGCACGAGAAAUUCUCAGAAAAACUCUUGAUCAAGUAGAUAAGGAUGGCAAGGAGAACAGGGAACAUUUGAGAGAAGAUGAAUUAGGAGAACAGUUGUACAAGUAUUUAAUAGGAAGGAGGUAUUUGGUUGUGAUGGAUGAUAUGUGGAACACUGACGCAUGGGACAGAGUUAGGAGGUUCUUCCCGGAUGAUCAAAAUGGGAGUCGAAUAGUAGUGACUACAAGGCUAUCGAACUUGGCUUCUCAGCUUAACUACUCGAACAGUCUUGAUAUGAAAUUUUUGGAUGAGGCUACCAGUUGGAACCUAUUCUCCAAAAUUGUGUUUGGCAAAGAAAUUUGUCCACUCGAGUUGGAGAAUGUCGGAAAGAAGAUUUUAGCGGUUGUAGAGGCCUUCCACUAUUGAUUGUUGUGAUUGGAGGAUUCUUAUCAAAGUCUGAACGAACACAAGAAAACUGGGGUUUUAUUGAAGAAAAUUUAAGUUCGAUUGUGAAUCUAGAGGACGAUAAAACUUGCUUGCAAAUUUUAUAAACGAGUUAUAAUAAUUUGCCGGUUUAUAUAAAACCUUGUUUUCUUUAUAUGGGAGUUUUUCCUGAAGACCAGGAGAUUCAAGUCAGUUUAAUCAUCCCAUGGGAAAAGUUUGGAAGAGGCAGCAGAAGACUAAAUAGAAGAACCUGGUUAACUUGCGUUUUUAUCCCGUCGCUGGUAAGGACCAUCCGUUCAUAAAGAUUCCUCAUUCGGUUCAUUUUCUCUGGAAUUUACAGACAGUACUUUUGGUAAAAGUUGGCCAUGAUUUUGUUUUCGAGAUUUGGAAGAUGCCGCAGCUUAGGCAUGUCAUGAGCAAUCCUGGAAAGAGUGAAGGUGCCUAUUAUGUCCCCGACCCUCUCAGUCGCGAAGAUAUGGUGUUGGAAAACCUACAGACGCUUUUGGUGGUAAGCAAUCUCAAGUUUGGUGAGGGGGUACUUAGACGAAUCCCCAACAUCAAAGCAUUGAAGUUAUAUUAUGACGGAAACUUGUUAAGAGGAGGAGAUGACUACUGCCUCAACAAUCUCUACCGUCUCCAAAAACAUGAGUCUCUUCGCCUUAAUUGUUCCGAAGAACACACACUUGUCUGUUUGGUGCGACAAGUGAGCUUCCCGAAUUCCCUCAAGAAGUUGAUAUGAAGACGAAGAUAGGUUUGUUGCCCCUUCUUCAGAUUCUCAGACUGAAAGAUGAUUCCUUCAUUGGACAUCGGAGAUAUUCCAACACUUGAAUCGAUAAAGUUGGAUAGGUGCAGUGAAUCUGUCGUGGAUUCGGCUCGAAGAAUACAAGAGGAGUAAGAGGAACUCGGCAAUGAAUGGCUUCAACUUCUUAUCUAGUAUACUACCAUGUGUAGUUAAGAGCUCAACCUUUUUUACCUUCCUUGUUUAAAUUCUAUAGUUUUUGUUAAGAAAAGAUAUCAAAAGAAAAUGGCAACAAUAUGAAAGGAAGAAAUACAUGGUUCAAUCAAGAUU